GAGAUGAAAAAGUCUUGAUUUGAGUUGACUUUGCACAUAAAAAGCAUUCUCGUGGCGUUAUAAAAUUACGAUGAACCAAUGGUGUCACAUGGGCUACCUUGCCGAUGUUUUUAGUACCUUUCUGGGCUUUGGAGAGAUCAGAGAGCUCUCGGUAUUCAUCAAGAUAACCAUAUUUGUGUCCUCGAAGAUGAACGAAGGUCUUGCAAUUGAAUGCUAAGAUCACCCCUCAAGGACCAGUAAUGCUUUAUUUUACUUGAUUUAUUGGCCCUCGCCUGAAAAACAAUGUAAGAUGCAGAACACUUUCUAUAGGAGGGGUUUGGGGGACAGAAUGCACUUUCUGUGCGGUGUAAAAAUGAUUAUGUCUACGGAAAGUCCCCCAUAAAACACGCGUGUUUGUGUCUGGAGGAAGGAAAAACACAAAGACGUCUCCAGAAUAAGGGAGGAGGACGUCGACACGUCAGUGAAAAAGGGGUCCAGAAGAAAGGGCUCCAGGAAUAAAACUCGCGAUGCUAUAAUGAGAGAUGAAGACAAACCAUAACUCGUUUCAUAUCCGUUCGGAGAUCUAAGGAAAAAAAAUCGGUUCUGCGCUCAUAAGGAUCACAAAGUGACGCGCGUAAAAGUUUAAGAGACAGAGAGAGAGAGAGAGAGAGAGAGAGAGGUUUUCAUCUCAUUGUCGUCGCAGUCUCUACCGGGACGCAUCCGUUCACCUGAAGAGCAAGAGACCGGCUCUCUGCGUUUGUUUGGAGCAGAGGAUGAUGUCGAGCAGCAAAACGACUCUUGCUUUCCUCAUCUACGGGCUCCUCGUUCAAUGCAACGUGUGCUCUCCGCUGAGUUACCCCAACAUCAGAAUGGAGGCAGCUGGGUUUGACGAGGAGGGGAACUCGUUAACGGAUCUAACCUUCGACAGGGACCAGAUCACCCUCCGGAGCUCCCCAUCACUUACUGAAGACGCGUACACCUUUUACAGUCCUCCAUCCAAAAGAACGGAAAGGCACGCCGACGGGAUGUUUAAUAAAGCAUACAGGAAAGCGCUCGGUCAGUUAUCAGCGCGCAAAUACCUGCAUACACUGAUGGCGAAACGCGUGGGAGGAGGAAGCGUGAUAGAGGACGACAACGAGCCGCUCUCGAAGCGUCACUCGGACGGGGUUUUCACGGACAGCUACAGCCGCUACCGGAAGCAAAUGGCCGUGAAGAAGUAUCUGGCCGCGGUCCUUGGCAAAAGCCCUGAAGACUUAGAUUUGCACCAAUUUCUACGAGACGAUGAGAUUGUGGCAUUUUUGUUCGAUUUGCUGAGACAGUUGCCUCCCGAAUUCCCGGCUUUGUGACACAGGAGGCAGCUAGCGGCUUGGGUGCCUUUGCUUCAUCUUUAAAAUGGCCACCAAUUUCAGAUGGCACAUUAGCGGCCCUCCAAAUGCUGCAAUCACCUGCUCACACGUCUCCUAUUUCUCACAUAACAUGAUUUGUUCAAACGCCGCCUGGCUUUCCGAUCAUUCGAUUUAAACUUCUCUAUGCAUAGUGUGUUGUAGCGAUCUGUACGGCAUUUAUUAAACGCUCUCGGCCUUGAAAUUCA